AAAAAAAAAAUCAAUAAACUCACACCUUACAUUUUGCACUCCAUCCUUUCCCUCAUUUUCCUUCUACUCUAAGUUCAUCAAAUAUAAUAAAUUCCGGCCAACCCUUUGAGCCGGCCGGAGACAAUAAUCAUGAACUCAUCAUGUAUGUCGACAUGUAUCGCAGACGAUGCCCGUGUCCCGGUUCGCGCUACAUACGUUAACUUAUACAAAUGGCCAGACUCUGACCGAGAAUUCGUCCGGUCAGUAAGUAAAAACAGCAAUGGUGAGAAUGGAGAUAGCCACGGUCACCCUCGAGUUGUCGAUAGUAUCUCAUGCAGACAGUUAUAUCUUAAAAGCUAUACUUUUUCGAGAAAAGAAAGCUUGAAUGAGAGAACUAAGAAAUGUAUUGGAAGAGUUAAAGAAAAAGCGAGUAGUAGUGUGCAUGGGAAACAAAGGAAGUCGUCGUCUUCGGAGAAUAGUGAAGGUCGUAAUGAUCAACGACGGAGACGGAAGAAGUGUACGGCGGUUAUGAAUAAGGCGAAAGAGGCGUCUUAUGCUGCCUUGGCUUCUAUCUUUCGUAGGUUGCUAUCUUGCACUACUAAGAUUGAUGUUGUGGAUUAAUUGAUUGAGUACGUUUUGAUCAAAUCAAUCAAAUGCGCGCAUGAAGAUCCAUCAUAUCGAUAUGCACGUUUUUGUUUUUGUUUCGUGUCCAAGGUUUGAUUAUAUAUAUACAUAUAUAUUGUUUUUUUCCCUGUUAUUUAUGUUUUAGUAAUGUUAAUAUCAUAAAAGAUAGUUCAAUUCCGAGCUUAAUAAGUACUUAAGCUUAAUUA